AUGUCAGACAUUUACUGCGCCGAGCAGAUCAACAUUCCGCCGACGUUCCCGCACAUUUUGAAACAGUACGCGAAAGCCGCCAUCCGAACGCAGCCGUACGAUCUUCUGCAAUGGACCUGCGCUUAUUUCCGUGCUUUCGUCAAAUGCGACGUCCCCCCUGUCAAAGAACGACUGGAGUACCCUGCCUUCAGUCAUCCGUCAGGUAUCACGCCUGGCUACCUGAAGACCCUUUUGAACGUGUUCGGUCACGUGGAGAGAGCAUGCGUGAAAAGCUUGCUGGAAAGGUGGCGGGGUGUCGCUUUACCCGAAACCACGCUGUUCCGAAUCCUGCUGAUAGGGAAAUUUUUGUCGGCUAAAGAGUGCAACUUCUACGGAUUCCUGGCGAUCGCAUGCGGAUUCCUCGGCAAGAAUCUGCUCGAAACGAUGAUAUACGUGUGCGAAUUGCUGACGGAGGAGCCAGAAGGCGGCUCGGCCAUGAUACCCGCGCGAACCUUCGCCCGCUUGUACGAGUAUCUGGCGACGCUCGAUUGCAGCGGCGAAUCUCCCUAUGCGAUAAUGGACGACGAGACGAAGGAGAUUUCUUUCCCUAGCGAACCUUCCACGCUCGAUUCGAAAUUGUACCUGGUGCCAUCCGCCGUGGACGAGGAAGAAGAUGCAGACAAGCUGGAUGUCUGCGGGCUUACUCCCAGCGAAAGUCGAUCUUCCGACACUCUGCGGGUUUUGAAGGAUUACCGCGAUGACGUACGGAGUUUCGAAGUUGACGAAAUACACCAGGGACUGCCGGUUUCGGUGGGAAAAGACGCGGCCGACGUCGGAUCAAAUCGAGAAAAAUUACGGGAGAAAGAGCAGGUCGACGAACCGAGAAGCGGCGAUGAAGUUGAAGUUGACCGUCGUGUUCGCGACUUGCAUCAAGCCAUUUCCGACUUCCAUUUCGUGGACGCGGAUACCGUUUACGACAGAGACGACGACGACUCGUCGUUCGUGUAUUACGGCGAGGAGGAGAGCGAGAAAACGGCGACGUACGAGGAAAUCGACGACUAUUUACCCCUCGGGCUCGAAAAUAUCCUUCAAGGUAUUUGCGAGUGUCUGGAGCCAGUUCGCGAGACGGAACGCAUCUCGACGCCUCCGCCGCCAGACCCCUUCGACGAGUUUCUAGAAAGAAUGAAACAGCAGGUCGAGGAACAUCGUCUCGAGAUGUGUUUCCGAGUGGAUGGAAUCGGUCCGACCGUCUCAGCAAAUCGCAUUACAGCCGUGAAUCUGUGGCUGGCAGACUGUGCUCGUCGCCAGGACGGGCUGGUCGGUCCGCGAAAUAUCCGACACUUUCUUUGUCCGGAUCUUGAGGAUCGUAAUUUUCACGAGAACGCGAAUUGA